AGGGCAGUGCAGCAGCAGCAGCGGCCGCCUCCCCCAGGCAUGGCACAGGGCUCACUAUGGCAGCAGUGCAACAGAAUACCCUUGACUUCCAGCUCAGUGUCACAGCUGAUGGGAAUACCAUUAUUAAAGAUCUACAGCCUAUAUUUCAAGAACAGGGAAUGACAGAAACAGUCCAUGCUUGGGAAGAUCAUGGGUACCUGGCUACAUACACAGGAAAGAAAGGGAGCUUUGCAACUGUACGAAUCUACCCUCAUGGCUUAGUGCUGAUAGAUGUGCAGUGUCGCGAUGAGCCAGAGGAGAAGGCAUCUGUCCAUAAGAUAUUAAGCAAGAUAGAAGAAAAGAUGCAAGAAAUACUGCACAAUAGUAUCAGGCAGGUGAAGAGAUUACCAGCUAUUGUUCGGGGUGCCUCGGUAGACAGAUACUGGCCCACAGCUGAUGGACGCCUGGUUGAGUACGACAUAGAUGAAAUUGUUUACAGUAAAGAAUCGCCUUAUCAGAAUAUAAAAAUAAUGCACUCAAAGCAGUUUGGAAAUAUUCUUAUCCUCAAUGGGGAUGUUAACUUGGCAGAAAGUGACCUUGCAUACACCCAAGCAAUUAUGGGCAGUGGCAAAGAAGACUACUGUGGGAAAGAAGUGCUGAUUCUGGGCGGAGGUGAUGGAGGCAUACUUUAUGAGCUUGUCAAACUGAAUCCAAAGAUGGUCACCAUGGUAGAGAUAGACCAGAUGGUGAUCGAUGGAUGUAGAAAACACAUGCGCAAAACCUGUGGGGAUGUGUUAGACAAUCUCAAAGGUGACUGCUAUCAGGUUUUGGUUGAAGACUGUGUACCUGUUUUGAAGAUGUAUGCCAAAGAAGGGAGGACGUUUGAUUAUGUGAUUAAUGAUCUCACUGCUGUCCCAAUCUCCACAUCUCCAGAAGAAGAUUCUACUUGGGAAUUUUUGCGUUUGAUACUGGAUCUUUCCAUGAAAGUCUUAAAGGAGGAUGGGAAAUACUUCACUCAGGGAAACUGUGUGAACCUGACUGAAGCUUUGACUCUCUAUGAAGAACAGCUGAACAUGCUUUCUUGCCCUGUGCAAUUCUCAAAGGAGGUUGUGUGCGUUCCCUCCUACAUGGAACUAUGGGUGUUUUACACUAUUUGGAGGAGGAGAUCCGGUUCCUAAUCGUCUAAAAGAUCAAAUUCUUCCGCACUGCAUGAAGCAUACCGGCUUGGCACGUGCUGCAUGUCAGCAUUGCGAAAUCCUUAAAUUAUACCUUGUAGAUAAUCCGAAGUGUGUAUAGGCCUUUAGGAUAUUAUUUAAGUUCCUCGAAGAGUGGGGUGAAAAUGAAUAUAUUGAUGAGGUGGAUUUGUUUUUUUUUUAUUUUGUGUUGUAUUUUUAUUUUUCAAAAAUCAUCUUGGAGAUCAGCAGUGUGUGCUGCUGAAUGCACUGAACCUAGAAAAUGUGAUCCUUUUUUUAGUGAUAUAUAUAUCCAGAU